AGGAAAGGGAUCAACGUAAAGUUGCAGGAAGCAUUUUCCUGAUUUCCACGCGGUGAUUUGGAUAUGAGAGUUGGUGGAAACUGUUAGUCGAUGUUCGGUUAUCGUCGCAGCCUAUCGCGUACGGUUUGUGUCUUGCGUGACGGAUAAAACUCGUUCCGAGAACAAUACUACGUGUUUAUUGAAGCAGUUCGUGAUUGAAAAUUGUUUGGCACGAAAAGUGUACCUAAGUGCAACGAGGUGUGAAGGAUUCGAUCAUUAAAAUUCAAGUGUAGUAAUAGAAACUUCGGGUUUAAUGAAGCAUAUUUAACGUUCACAACGGAUUAAGUGACAUAUGGAAAACAGUGGAUAAUCGUGAACAUUGUCAUAUCUCCAAGUGGAUACUAUGGUUAUGAUGCAAUCACCGAAAUCCGAUUCCGGUCAGCCGGAAAGCCCGUCUCUUUCGCAACCCAAUUCACCACCCCCAAUCAAUUCUGAGGCAGGUCAAAUCAUUCAUGAGAAACUGCACUUGCCGAAAACAACAACAAGUCCGUCGGAUCUCUCAGUUCCGCCGGCUCGAUCGUGCUCUUCUCCACUGACAGACGGAUUACUGAUCAGAUUCCAAGAUUAUCAAUCCGAAGAAAUUAGAAAUAAGUUUCCAGCUAUACGUCCAAUCAACGGCGAUCAUAUCAUAUAUGCCAAAAGUGACCGUGAUCUUUUAGAACCUAGUGCCAAAUUCUCGAUAGAAAGACUAAAACAGCUAGCUGAUCAUAACAUUAGUUCCCGUCUGAGCCCUUCUGAACUGUCUGACAAAUCUCCUUCGGGAAAAUAUUCCAUCGAUCACAGUGUUCGUUACGUGAUACCGCCAAAUCAACAAUCACCGGUUACGCAAUCUUUGCCUCAACCCGCCCAACCGGUUCCUGUGAUACCGUCGCCGGCGGUCCUGGCCAACUUGCAAAGUAUGGGUCAGCAUCAUCCAGCGCUGAUUGCCGUUGGUGGGGCUAAUCCGCAUCUGCCUCAUCAACCCCAUCAUCCCGCACCGCAUCCAUUCACCGUAAAAUAUCCACCCGGCAGUGUUUCGCCGACGGAUUUAGAGAUCGAGCGGUUUAAAAUAGCCCGAUCCAUCAGCAAUGGUAAGGAGCUGUCGGAUUUCGGGUUCAGGAUACAGUUGGGAGGACUUUCAACCAACUACGCCCGAAGUGAUACCAGUGAAGAGCUGAUAGUGGAUGGAAACGAGGAUAGUUCGCAGGACGCUGCCUCGGGUUGUCCGGUGGAUUUAACCCGAUCGAUGGACAGUGGAAGUGCAAAAUCUUUAGCGGAUAGUGACAAAGAAACCACUCCCAAACGGUUAGCCUUUUCGGUGGAGAAUAUACUCGAUCCCCAUAAAUUCACCGGGAAGCAUCAGCUGACGAAUAACAACAACAGUAGCAGCAUAAACAAUAACCAUAAUGGAACCAAUAAUCAGAACGGCCCGAACAAUUCGACAAAUAAUAACAAAUUCUGGAGUGGAUUCGAUAGGGAUGACAAACUGGAUGAUGACCAAAGCGAUUCAGGAUCCGUCAAGGACCUGGACGAUAUGGAUCAGGGUGACGAGAUGGGCGAUGACACCAUGGGCAGCGAUAUGGAUGACCACGAUGCGAGUGAAACUGACUCGAAAAAGGACGGAACGAGCAGUAGAUCCGGCGAUGGAAAAUCUUCACAGGGGAAUAGCUCGAAACCACGAAGAGCCCGGACGGCCUUCACGUAUGAGCAGUUGGUUUCACUAGAGAAUAAAUUCAAAACUACCCGAUACUUAUCGGUUUGCGAGAGACUGAACCUAGCGCUAAGUUUAAGCCUUACCGAAACACAGGUCAAGAUCUGGUUUCAAAACCGUCGAACCAAGUGGAAGAAACAAAACCCCGGCAUGGAUGUCAACAGUCCAACGGUUCCGCCCCCGAGUGGUGGCUCUUUCGGACCUGGCUCGUACGCCAGCAGCCUUCUGUAUCCGCAUGCCGUUCCUUAUCCCCCGUAUGGUCCGUACUUUCAUCCCCUCGGUGGUCAUCAUUUAGGGCAUUCACAUUCGUAAAGAAUCGGAAACAGUGCUUCUACUGCGAAACUUAGUUUUUGUUAUCUCCAUUAGCAAGGAACGGUCGGGUUGUGCAAGAAAUUUGCGAUAUUCAGGCUUUUAUCAGUCUAAAAAAUGAAAUCAAAAUUACCAAAUCAGUACUAAGAAAUUUAAGGUGAAGCAUUCUUAUGUAUAAAGUAGACGCUAGUUAAAAUAUCAGUUAAAUAAGUAGAUAAAAUUAGUAAGAGGUAUUUGAGCAAGUAGGUAAGUAUCAGUGAUAUUGCAAUCACGCGAAUGUAUUAUAUGUAAAUAUGCAGAAUAUUGAUACCGGAAACAUGAAACU